CCCGCGCCUCUCGCCGGAAACAGCGCGGUGACGUUUCAUAAAGGACUCUGGGCCCUUUUCUCUUCCUUUCCGCUUAGUACGCCAUCAAUUGAGGCAUCAUGGGCGCGUACAAGUAUAUGCAGGAGCUAUGGAGGAAGAAGCAGUCGGACGUGAUGAGGUUCUUGCUUCGUGUCCGCUGCUGGCAGUACCGUCAGCUUUCCUCCCUUCACCGGGCUCCCAGACCCACCAGACCUGACAAAGCCCGCAGACUGGGCUACAAGGCCAAGCAGGGUUACGUCAUCUACCGUGUGCGUGUGCGCCGUGGUGGCCGCAAGCGCCCCGUGCCCAAAGGUGCCACCUACGGCAAACCCGUGCACCACGGCGUCAACCAGAUCAAAUUCGCUCGCAGCCUUCAGUCUGUGGCUGAGGAGCGCGCUGGCCGUCACUGCGGAGGUCUCCGCGUGCUGAACUCUUACUGGGUAGGAGAAGACUCCACGUACAAGUUCUUUGAGGUGAUCCUUAUGGACACCUUCCACAAGGCCAUCAGACGCAACCCCGAUACCCAAUGGAUCACAAAGGCCGUGCACAAGCACAGGGAGAUGCGCGGCCUCACGUCCGCCGGCAGGAAGAGCCGCGGCCUGGGCAAGGGCCACAAGUUCCACCUCACGAUCGGUGGAUCUCGCCGCGCAGCCUGGAGGAGACGCAACACUCUGCAGCUGCACCGUUACCGCUAAAGCGUGUGCUGCACGACUGUACAUUCAUCAUAAUAAAGUACCUUUUUACGGUCCACA